CCACAAUGCCUGGAUAACCUGCGAUUAAACUUGUGAUCCGCGCCGAGGCCACGCCUACCAUGUCACCAUGGCUAACAAUAAGAAGAGGCGCUCCCAGCCCUGGCGACCUCCGCCGCAGCCCUUUCUCAACCGUGGUUCUUCCCCUCUCCACCUCUUUCUCUUCAUAGAGCCGUGGUUCCGUUCGUGUCUAUGAUUUUUCUCUUAUCUACCGUCACUCACUGAGCAUUUCACUGCCGUCUCAUACUAUCCUCUCAUUGCUUUCAUGACCUUUCAUUUCCCAGUCCUCCAUAUUUGCCAGCGAGAAUGGGCCGGGAGAGCGCCAGAAGCGUGAAGUGGGUCGAGGGCCUUCGCGGCAUCGCAUCUGUCCUUGUGAUAGUGACCCAUCUGGCGCGAGCCUUCGACUACCGACUAUUCUGGCCGAAGGAUAAUGCAGACACCACACCGCGCCUCCUUCAAUAUCCCAUCAUCCGAGUACCGUGGCAGGGCCGCAUCGGAGUUCCCAUCUUCGCCUUCCUCACCGGCUUUGUGUGUGCACUAAAACCACUGAAGCUAUCCCAGGCCGGCAACCCCUACGCCGCCUAUGAAGCCAUUGCCAAGAGCGCAUUUCGUCGACCACCACGAUUGAUACUGCCGGCUACCAUUGCCCUCCUUAUUUCAUGGACCUUCACCGUGUUUGGAGGCUAUCGGGCGGCCUCUCGCUGCGACUCAUAUUGGGUCCGCUUCGACAGCCCGAUCCAGGAGGAGACACUAUGGCUUGAAUUCGUGCGGCUGUUUGACACGAUCCGGAGCACAUGGACAACCAACGAAAACAUCUAUGACCGCCAUCAGUGGGCCAUGCUGCGACUGCUGGUUGGCGCCUUCCACGUCUACAUCACGCUGGCCGCGACUAUGGCUAUGAGGCUACGGUAUCGCAUCGCCGUUUACGUUGGCAUGAUCCUCUACUGGUGGCAAGACGCGUCCCAAAUGACUGAAACCUUCGGCGUCCAGCUCUACUUCGGCAUGCUCAUCUCCGACCUGUCCCAGCAAUCCGCCAUCCAAACCUUCAUCUCCUCCCACCGCCGCGCCCUGAACUACCUCGCCGCGCCCAUCCUCAUCACCUGCGGCCUCUACUUCGCCUCCUACCCGCAAGAGCACCAAGAAUGGGAGCCGUGGUCCGAGUACCUGCAGUCGCUGACGCCCUACUUCAUCCCCGAGCGCGUGCACCUGGGCGAGCACGGCCGCCGCUUCACGGCCAUCGGCACGGAUCUGUGCAUCGUCGGCGUCUUCCUCUCGCCCGCGGCGCGCCUCGCGCUCGAGCACCGCUGGCUCAUGUGGCUGGGGCGGCACUCGUUCGCCGUCUACCUCAUCCACGGCACGAUUCUGCGCACGUUGGGCGUCUGGAUCGUGUAUGGCAUCUCUGGGGAGCCGUGGCACCAGGCGGUGGAGGGGGAGAAGCAGUACUGGUUGCAGAAGCGGGGCGGCGCGCCCGUGGUGUGGGUCAGUAUGGUCACGUUUGUAACGCUGACGUAUGCGGGCGCGUGGCUGUGGAUGCGGUAUGUGGAUGAGGCGUGUGCGCGGGCGACGCAGUGGCUGGAGGCGAAGGUGUUUGCGAGUGAAGAU